UGCAGCUGCUUAAAGGGGCACCGGCCUGGGGCUGCAGGAGGCCCUGUGCACCAUGAGGCCCUGGCAGCUCCCCCUGCUGCUGCUGCUCCUGGCUGGGCCCCCCGCCGUGCGGCCUGCGCCCCCGACAUGCUACUCCCGGAUGCUGGGCCUGAGCCGGGAGAUCAGCCGGGACUUCCAGAGGCUGCAGGCCACGGAGCCUUCGGAGCCGUGUGUGACAUACCUGCCCAGGCUGUACCUGGACAUCCAUAACUACUGCGUGCUGGCCAAGCUGCGGGACUUUGUGGCCUCGCCCCAGUGUUGGCACGUGGCCCCGGUGGACGCCCUGAAGGAUAAAGUGCGGAAGCUCUACACCAUCAUGAACUCCUUCUGCAGGAGGGACCUGGUGUUCCUGUCCGACGACUGCAGCGCCUUGGAGUACCCCAUCCCAGCAACCGCGGCCCCGCCCGACCCGCAAGCCUGAGGCAGCCCGCCCAGGGAGAGCCG